AUGACUGCCACGGGGAGCGACCAGCGGCGCAAGGUAGGGUCAAAACUCAGAAGCAUGCCCAAUGUCGCUAGGCCGAGUAGCCUGAGAUCCAUCAUCGCAGGCUCUACUGCCGGUGCAAUCGAGAUUGCAAUCACUUACCCGGCUGAAUUUGCGAAAACGCGAUCACAGCUGAACCGCAGACUUCCCGACUCGAAGAAGCUCCCAUGGCCACCGUUUGGGAAGCAAUGGUACGCUGGCUGCACAACAUUGAUAAUUGGAAACUCUUUGAAGGCUGGAAUCCGAUUCGUCGCGUUCGACACGUUCAAGUCAAUGCUACAGGAUGAAAAUGGCAAGAUAUCAGGGCCAGGAACUGUCAUAGCUGGCUUUGGGGCGGGGUUCACUGAGUCAUUGCUAGCAGUAACGCCCUUUGAAAGCAUCAAAACACAAUUGAUUGAUGAUCGCAAAUCCGCCAACCCCCGUAUGCGCGGGUUUAUCCACGGUAGCGGGGUUAUAUUCCGGGAGCGUGGCAUUCGCGGCUUUUUUCAGGGAUUUGUUCCAACUACGGCUAGACAGGCCGCGAAUUCAGCCACGAGGUUUUCGAGCUACACAAUGUUGAAGCAGAUGGCGGAGGGCUACGUUGCGCCCGGGGAAAAGAUAGGGACGGCGAGCACGUUCGCUAUUGGGGGCAUAGCAGGCCUGAUAACUGUAUAUGUGACGCAACCGCUUGACACCGUGAAAACUAGAAUGCAAUCGCUCGAAGCGAGCAGAAACUAUAAAAACAGCUUUGCCUGUGCCGCGCGAAUCUUCAGGGAUGAAGGUUUUCUGACCUUCUGGUCCGGAGCUGUUCCGAGACUCGCAAGAUUGAUCAUGAGCGGCGGCAUAGUAUUCACCAUGUUCGUUGAUACCCAGCAGGCCCCGUACUGA